CCCCAGGCCGUGAGAGCAGGCUGCCCCUGCACCUCACAGGGGAAGGCCUCGGGCCCUGCCUCCGUUUCAAGUUUGCGGAACUGGACAUGGGGGGAGUUUUGGUUGGAGAAGCCUACAGCUACGAGGCAAUCCUGGUUAACACAGGAGCUAUCAACGCUCCCUUCAAACUCAUCCCUCCAACCACAGCCCACGGCUCCUGCUUCACCUUUCAGCCCCAGCAGGGCAUCGUUCCACGCAAUGGGAUCCUGCCCAUCCAGAUCUUCUUCAGUUCCAGCACCCUGGGGGAGUUCGAGGAAGAGUUCCAUUUCAAUGUGGCUGAAUGCCCUAAGCCUGUGACCUUGACUAUCAGGUGAGGAAGGCUCUGGGAGCUUGGUGGACACAUCUGUAGCUGUCUCUGAGUAAUCAUCUCUCACCUGCCUCAUUUGGUGGUGGAGCAGAGAAAAAAGGUGUUGCUUGAGGUCUUAGUCUUGGCUCUGAUGUUGG